AUGAUCAGCUGUAAAUGGACGUCCGCCGGCAGCGACGUGCCGUCGGGCGGCUCCAUGUACUUCUUGACGCUGUCCGGCCGGACCGCGUUCUCGUUCGCCAUCCGUUUGGUGUACGCGAUCGCUUUGUACGCGUACCGGGCCAACACGCCCGACAAACAUAUCGAAGCGACGAUCGCCGCCAAAAUCACGUGCGUCCACGUUAUCGGAAACAUCGUUUAUCGCGCUCGUGUAACGGUAAUUGUAUUAUUAUCGUAACGGUUGAUAUUCUGCGUUGUCGCUCGAAUGAUGUGUAGUUUUUGUUUUCGUUUGUUUUAUUUUUAUACGUCCGUUGCCGUGGUUUCUACGGGCAACAGUAAAACAAUCAAACCACCACCGUAAUUAAAAUUUGUUAGUUUCUCCGCGGAAAAAAUGGUAGAAAGUCUAGAAUAAUUGCUGUUCUGUCUUCGUUCACGUCGAUCUUAACUGCCGAGGCCAACAAUUUUUUCCACAAAUCAACAACGGCAGUCGCCACUUUAUUAAUCCAGACUGGUUCUCUGAAGUAA